AAUUAUAUAUUGUAUUCUGCCUAAUCUGCAAACCUGCAAUAAACUCCAACUUUUACAACAUACAACAUGGUCAUUGAAAUUCAGCCCCAUGACUUUGGAAUUCUGCUUCAUAGUAUAAGCACAACCAGCCUCACAAAAGCUAAAAAACGAUGGCGCCGUGCAUACUUUACUAUAUAUUUCUCAAACAAACUGGUCUCAAUUGCCAAAAACGUUGUCUCCAAGUCACUUCCUGUGUCUGAUUUCAUUGCAAAUCCGGCGUACUCCAUCAUUGAAAUCAUCCCAGAAAUCAUUCCAAAGGUUAGUCCCGAUAAAUUGCCAGAUCAUGCUUCCAGUUUUCGAAGCAUUGAUCAAACACUACUAACUGAUAUUCUAAAAAAUAAAAACAUGAAAACGCUUUCAAAGUUUGAUGGUGUCAAGGGCUUAGCUAAAGCUCUGGACACUAAUCUCGAAAAGGGAAUAGAUGGGCACGAUUUAGAUGAAAGGAGAAAAGUGUUUGGUUCAAAUACUUAUGAAAAACCGCCUCCAAAGGGGCUGUUCUAUUUCGUAGUCGAGGCUUUUAAAGAUAUUACUAUUCUCAUACUGAUGGGUUGUGCUGCUCUUUCUCUUGGGUUUGGGAUCAAAGAAGAUGGUUUAAAAGAUGGCUGGUAUGAGGGAGGAAGUAUAUUCCUGGCUGUCUUUUUAGUUAUCGUUGUAUCCGCGAUUAGUAACUUCAGACAAGAGAAACAGUUUCAAAAUUUGUCGAAAAUAAGCAACAAUAUUAAGAUUGAUGUUCUUAGAGAAGGCAGAAGACAGAAGAUGUCAAUAUUCGAUAUAGUAGUAGGCGACAUUGUUGUGUUGAAUAUAGGAGAUCAGAUUCCAGCAGACGGGUUGUUUAUUGAUGGGCAUUCGUUGUUAAUUGACGAGUCAAGCAUGACAGGCGAGAGUGAGCAUAUAGAAGUUAACGCCCUAAGUAACCCGUUCUUAUUCUCUGGUUCCAAGGUGGCUGAUGGGCAUUGUCGGAUGCUUGUGUUGUCAGUUGGAAUGAACACGGCUUGGGGGAAAAUGAUGAGCUCCAUUACCAGCGAUAAUAACGAGCAAACGCCAUUACAAGAACGCCUCAACAAACUAACUUCUUCCAUCGGAAAGGUAGGCCUUGCAGUUGCUUUGUUAGUUCUUGUAGUUAUGUUAAUUCGUUACUUCACUGGAAACACCGAAGAUGAAAAUGGUAACCAAGAGUAUAAUGGGAAACAAACAAAUGUCAACAAAAUACUAGAUUCUGUUACGAGUAUCUUCUCGGCUGCUGUCACCAUUGUGGUAGUAGCUAUUCCUGAAGGUCUACCGUUAGCCGUCACCCUCACACUAGCAUACUCAAUGAAGAGAAUGAUGGGUGAUCAAGCCAUGGUCAGGAAGUUAUCUGCCUGUGAGACCAUGGGUUCAGCCACUGUUAUAUGCACCGAUAAAACUGGAACAUUGACAAUGAACCAGAUGACUGUAACAAAGUUCUGGCUUGGUCUAGAGAACAUGGAACAACCUUUUUCCAAUGUGAUCGCCCAACAGGUUCGUGAACUUCUCCGACAGGGAGUCGGUUUUAAUACUACAGGUACUAUUUUCAAGUCUUCAUCACAAAUAGUACCUGAAUUCUCGGGCUCUCCAACUGAAAAGGCUAUUUUAUCAUGGGCUGUUGCGGAUUUAGAUAUGGAUAUCGAAAAACUGAAAGAAGAUUCAACUGUUAUUCAUGUGGAGACGUUCAACUCAAAGAAAAAAAGAAGUGGUGUUUCCAUCAAGACAAAAGACAACGCUGUUCAUGUUCACUGGAAAGGAGCCGCGGAGAUGAUACUGGCAAUGUGUUCAAAGUAUUAUGAUAGCAAUGGUUGUCUAAAGAGGAUAGAGAGCGAUUCAAGAACACAAUUGGAGCAUAUAAUUGAAGGAAUGGCAGCCAGUAGCCUUAGAUGCAUCGCUUUUGCGUAUAAGCAGGUUCAACAAGGUACUGUUCUAAGUGAAGAAGGGUUAACAUUGCUAGGUAUUGUGGGGUUAAAGGACCCAUGUAGGCUCGGAGCCAAGAAAGCUAUUGAAACUUGCAGGUCUGCUGGGGUCGACAUAAAGAUGAUCACCGGUGACAAUGUAUUCACAGCAAAAGCAAUAGCCACAGAAUGUGGAAUACUUGAAUCCGGUGAAGAAGUAUGUGAGGAGGAAGUGGUGGAAGGUGCCCAGUUUCGUAAUUUUACAGAUGAAGAAAGAAUGGAGAGAGUUGACAGAAUCCGUGUGAUGGCAAGAUCUUCCCCUUUUGACAAGCUUCUUAUGGUGCAGUGCCUGAAACGUAAAGGUCAUGUGGUUGCAGUCACGGGUGAUGGGACAAAUGAUGCACCGGCACUCAAAGAAGCAGAUAUAGGUCUUUCAAUGGGGAUUCAAGGCACAGAAGUCGCAAAACAAAGCUCAGAUAUUGUCAUCUUGGAUGAUGAUAUUGCCUCUGUUUCUACUGUAUUGAUGUGGGGACGGUGCGUCUACAACAACAUACAAAAGUUUAUUCAGUUUCAACUUACCGUAAAUGUUGCAGCUCUUGUUAUCAACUUCAUUGCAGCUGUCUCUUCUGGCGAUGUUCCUCUAACAGCGGUUCAACUAUUGUGGGUGAAUCUGAUCAUGGACACUUUGGGUGCCCUAGCACUAGCAACAGAACGUCCCACCAAAGAUCUCUUGAACAAGCCUCCAGUGGGUCGGGUUGAGCCCCUGAUCACAAACAUUAUGUGGAGAAACCUAUUGUCACAGUCUCUUUUCCAGAUAACAGUUUUAUUAACCUUUCAGUUCAGGGGUAAAGCGAUUUUUAAUGUGAACGAGAGAGUUAAGAAUACUAUUAUCUUCAAUACUUUUGUGCUAUGCCAAGUGUUCAACGAGUUCAACUCAAGGAAGCUAGAGAAAAGGAACAUAUUCAAGGGGAUUCAUAAGAACCGAUUGUUUCUUGGAAUCAUAGGGAUGACCUUAAUUCUUCAGAUUGUUAUGGUUGAGUUUUUGAAGAACUUUGCGGAUACCGAGAGAUUAAAUGGAUUACAGUGGGGAAUAUGUAUCGCCAUUGCAGCUCUAUCAUGGCCUAUUGGAUGGAUUAUGAAGUUGAUACCAGUUCCAGAGAAACCAUUUCUAAGCUUCAUUAGACGCUAAGAUCCCUAUUAUAUACUCAGCAAAAGGUGUUUCACACCAUUCAUAUUCUUUCUUCGAUACUUCGUAAAUAUUACUACAAUAGUCUAGUAAUUUAGUUUCAUGUCAUAUAUUUGUAUCUACAUACAUUAUGAUUCUAU